CUAAACUGACAUUAGCUAAACUAGCAUUAGAGAUAUUAGGCUGUAGUAAACACAGGAAUAGUUUUGUUACGCUUUUUGCAUAUUUUCAUGUUUAUAGAGUCUUUUUAAACUCAUUUAACACUGCAGACAAACUCAUUUUUCUAACUUUAACUCACAAACUUCAGCUUUCGGUUUAAUAUCAGACAGCCAGCAUUAACUAGCUAGUGCCUUGCUAGCGUUAACGUUAGUUUGCUAACUCCAAACUAAGACAGUCACCCGAAGAUGUCCUCCACCGGCAGUACAGGGGAUGUUUUACAGCAGGUCAACCAGUUCUGGUCCAUGUUGGAUGAGCUUUCUGAAAAUGACCCAGCAGCUUACCGUAGCUUCAUGGAGAAACAGAUGAAGGACGGUGCUGCGUUCAGGUCACCGCCUGAGCUCCACUCCUGCUUGUGCACUGAAAUACUGGAGCCCAAGAAAGGGUCAUUGUACAUCAGCAUAUGCAGCUGGAAACGUGUGCCUGCACCUCAGGAUCCCAGCAGGCCUUUACCUGUGUGUGCAGGAAAACUGGAAACAGACACAGAUGAAGGUCGAGGCGUGUACACUGUGUUGGAUGUGGCAUUAAACCCUGCCGUGCUGCAAGAAAGUAUCAAAGACAAAACAGAGGUGUAUACACUGGCCUUGAGCUUUGCCCAGCGGCAGUAUGGGAUGACGUUAUCUCAGCGGUAUACUGUCGUCAGCUGUGGCCCAAAAAGUAGCCUAGAGGACUUGUACCGCCGGCUUGGGUUUCAACAGUGGUCUAACACCUCCAAACAAGUAGGCACAGCCAGUCAGACCCCAGCUGCCCUUCUGCAGCAGAUCUCCUCUCUACGCUCAGAGAAACAACACGAGGACCCGGCAGCUCAAAUUAUCUGCAGACCUGCGGAGCACAAAAAGAAGGAUUUGAUCCAGGUCAUCUCCACUACAUUUGUGCAGCCUCAGAAGCCAGAGUACCAACUCGAGGUGAAGACCGAUACAGAAGGAGUUGCUCGCAGCAUGGAGCUGACAGUGGAGCUGCCAAAGGUUUGCUCCGUGUCAGAAUGCCAGCUGAGAAUCUCCAAGGACGACAUCUUACUGGAAGUGGAGGAUGUCUACUAUUUACUUCUGGAAUUCCCCAAAACUGUGAUCGAAGAUACUGCGUCUGCCAUUUUUAACAAGAAGAAACGGAGGCUGACUUUGAGAGUGGAUGUUUUCUGACAAUUUGCCUUGAUGGAGACACAAAUGCACAGAGAGGUGAACAGUCAAGCUGGGAACGAGCUGAAGAAACCGUAAAGCUCGGAGUAAACUCUGACACGGAGGAUACCUCAAAGUAAACAACCAAAACAAACUAAAUUCCUGCUAUGCAAUCUGAAAAGCCUUGUGAGCACAUUAUGCUAUGCAGGGACUUCCAGCUAACAAACAAUAAACAGCUCCCCUGUAAA